GUUGCUCUUGGAGUCUACCUUGUUGCGCUGCUGGCACGCGUCUGCUGAUGCCGUUAUCUCUUUUUCGUCUCUCCUACCUAUACUGGUACUAGUAGUGUCGAUGUUGUCGUCGUCGUCGUCGAUGCUGAGCUUUUGCUAUUCUACUGGGGUCCUUAAUUGGCCACAGACCUAUGGCAACGCUCAUUUACCGAUACGGGGGGUCAGGUUCGAAGUCUCCAGUUCCUGUAGUAUAUAUGGGGAGCAGCGGAAGCAACGACUCAUUGCUGAUGGCUCCACCCAUGGGCGGUGGAGCUCCGCGGUGUACGGCACGGGCCGCGCAGACGGAUUUGUCACGAGAAGAGAUCGCAUCACUGGAGUCAAAAAGUAACCACGAUCUCGAACAGCGUGACCUGAAAAUCGAUGAACUUCAAAGAGGCUCGGACGAACUGCGGAGACAGAUCUCGUCACAACAAAAGGUUAUAGAAAAGAGCAAGGAGCAGCUGGCCAAGUGCAUCGAUGUAACGAAACAACUUUUGAUCGAGAAAUCUGCCAUGGAAAAAAAACAGUGUCGGCAAAAAUGCAUGCAGAACCGACUUCGACUGGGUCAGUUUGUCACUCAAAGGCAGGGAGCAAGUUUCGUCGAAAAUUGGGUUGAUGGCCACGCGUUCACAGAGUUGCUAAAGAAGCAGGAGCAGGUAGCGUCGGAGCGCGAAGAGAUCGAGCGACAACGCAAGCUAUUGCAAAAACGGAAACCAAUAGGAUCAACGCAGGCUGGCAAAGGCCAAGGGGCAAAAGGUGCCACUGGCCAGAAUCAAACGACUGGCGGCCUCGUAACGGGGUCUGGUGCUCAAGGCGCACCAAACGGCGGUGGUGAAUUUGUUAAACCUGACUCGCCAAAAGACACGGCGCGGUUGACAUGGUACGAAUACUACGAACAGGAAGAGAUUCUAAAGCUUCGAGGCCAAACGCUCAAGAAGGAAGAUACCGACCUCCAGCUCGAGUUGGAAAAACUCGAACGGGAACGAAAUCUGCAUAUACGAGAGUUGAAGCGAAUCCACAAUGAAGAUGCGUCUCGAUUCAAUAACCAUCCCGUUCUAAACGAACGAUACCUAUUAUUGAUACUGCUUGGAAAGGGUGGCUUCAGUGAAGUACACAAAGCAUUCGAUCUGAAAGAGCAGCGAUAUGUUGCGUGUAAAAUUCACCAACUAAACAAAGAUUGGAAAGAUGAUAAGAAAGCCAAUUACAUCAAGCACGCAUUACGUGAGUACAACAUUCAUAAAGCGCUAGAUCAUCCGCGGGUGGUUCGACUCUACGAUGUGUUCGAAAUCGAUCCAAACAGCUUUUGUACGGUUCUUGAGUACUGUGACGGCCACGACCUAGACUUCUAUCUCAAGCAACACAAGAGUAUUCCGGAACGCGAGGCAAGAUGUAUAGUUAUGCAGGUGGUGCAUGCCUUAAAAUACUUGAACGAGAUAAAACCUCCCAUAAUACAUUACGACCUAAAACCCGGCAAUAUAUUGCUGGGUAGCGGAUGUCUGUCGGGCGAAAUCAAGAUCACGGACUUUGGCUUGAGUAAAAUCAUGGACGAUGAUAAUUACUCUCCGGAGUACGGUAUGGACCUCACGUCGCAGGGCGCAGGUACAUAUUGGUACCUACCACCUGAGUGUUUCAUCGUCGGUAGAAAUCCGCCGAAAAUCAGUUCAAAAGUAGACGUCUGGUCAGUGGGAGUCAUCUUCUAUCAGUGUCUAUAUGGAAAGAAGCCUUUUGGGCAUAACCAGAGUCAGGCGACCAUUCUUGAAGAAAAUACUAUCUUAAAGGCAACAGAAGUGGAUUUUCCCGCCAAACCCGCCGUAUCGCCAGAGGCUAAACAGUUUAUUAAAAAGUGUCUGCAAUACCGGAAAGAGGACCGUAUUGAUGUGAUAGCUUUGGCUAACGAGGAGUACCUCAAGCCAACGAAACAUGGAGGCCGGGCCUCCUCUUCUGCAGUGCCCACAACACCUACGUAGCUACCGCCAUACGCGCCGUUGCGUUGUACCAACAUUUAACAA